GGGACCAGAGGAGGAAGCGGCGGCGGCGGGGCCGAUGCGGGUGGCGGCGGCGGAGCCGAGGGCGCGCCCGGGCGCGGCGACAGCGACAGCGGCAGCGGGCAGCGGCGCCUGGCUGCUGCCGCUGGCGGCGGUGCUGGCGCUGCUGCUGUCGCUGGUGGUGCGGCAGCUGCUGAAGCAGCGGCGGCCGCCCGGCUUCCCGCCCGGCCCCGCGGGGCUGCCGCUGCUCGGUAAUAUCCCCGCGCUGGGCGCCGAGCAGCCGCACGUCUACCUGCGGCGGCAGAGCCAGAUCCACGGGCAGAUCUUCAGCCUUGAUCUCGGGGGUAUAUCUGCCGUUGUACUGAAUGGCUACGAUGCAGUGAAGGAAUGCCUUGUCCACCAAAGUGAAAUUUUUGCAGACAGGCCGUCUCUCCCCUUGUUCAAGAAGCUGACAAACAUGGGAGGCUUACUGAACAGUAAAUAUGGCAGAGGAUGGACAGAACACCGCAAAUUAGCUGUAAAUACCUUUCGAAUUUUUGGAUAUGGUCAAAAGUCCUUUGAACACAAAAUUUCAGAAGAAUCUCUGUUUUUUCUUGAUGCCAUUGAUACAUACAAAGGCAGACCCUUUGAUCUUAAGCACUUGAUAACAAAUGCUGUUUCAAACAUUACUAAUUUGAUUAUUUUUGGAGAACGUUUCACAUACGAAGAUACAGAAUUUCAGCACAUGAUUGAGAUUUUUAGUGAAAACAUUGAAUUAGCUGCUAGUGCUUCUGUAUUUUUAUAUAAUGCUUUUCCUUGGAUUGGUAUCUUGCCAUUUGGGAAACACCAGCAGCUGUUUAAAAAUGCAGCUGAAGUCUAUGAGUUUCUUCAUGAGCUUAUUGAACGUGUCUCUGAAAAUAGGAAGCCUCAGUCACCUCGACAUUUCGUAGAUGCAUAUUUAGAUGAGAUGGAUUGCAAUGGAAACGACCCAGAAUCUACAUAUUCAAGAGAAAAUUUAAUUUUCUCCGUUGGAGAACUCAUCAUAGCUGGGACAGAAACCACAACAAAUGUUUUAAGAUGGGCAGUGUUAUUUAUGGCUCUUUAUCCAAACAUUCAAGGGCAAGUUCAGAAAGAAAUCGACCUUGUCAUUGGCCCAAACAAAAUGCCCACCUUGGAAGAGAAGUGCAAGAUGCCCUACACGGAGGCUGUUCUGCACGAGGUGCUGAGGUUCUGUAACAUUGUCCCCCUGGGGAUUUUCCAUGCCACUUCCAAAGACACUGUUGUGCGUGGUUACACGAUUCCUGCAGGCACCACGGUCAUUACAAACCUCUACUCUGUCCACUUUGAUGAAAAAUACUGGAGCAAUCCAGAAGUUUUUUUUCCUGAGAGGUUUUUGGACAGUAAUGGACAGUUUGUCAAGAAAGAUGCGUUUAUUCCUUUUUCCCUAGGAAGAAGACAUUGCCUCGGAGAGCAGCUGGCUCGAAUGGAAAUGUUUUUGUUUUUCACCUCGUUGCUACAACGAUUUCACCUGCAUUUCCCUCACGGAGUGAUCCCGGAGCUGAAGCCCAGGUUAGGGAUGACCCUGCAGCCGCAGCCCUACCUGGUCUGUGCCCAGAGGCGGUGAAGGGCAGGGCUGAGCUGGGCGGGUGGUGUCUUCAAGCCAGAAUGACAACAAUUUAAAGGACUAGUUGUUCCUUUUUACUUGGUUUUCACAGAAA